AUGGAAACCUUCGCCAUCCUCUGCCUCCUCGGUGCCGCUCUCGCUGCACCGGCCGCUCAGCAAGCGCCUCAGGCACCUCAAGCUCCCCAAGCUCCUCAGGCACCACAGGCACCUCGUCCUGCUCAAGCGCCUCAGGCACCCCAGACUCCUCAAGCUCCCCAGGCUGGCCAAGCUCCUCAAGCUGGUCAAGCUCCUCAAGCUGGCCAGGGAGCUGGCGGCAACUGCGCCGACAUCCAAUCCAAGCUCGCAAAGGGCAUCCAAGCCAACCUCGACAUCCAAGCCGCCGAACUCAAAGGCGUCUACGCCCUAAAGCUGCAAGCCGGCACCGCCGGCUUCAACACGACCCAGCAAUCCGUGCUAUCCAUCCAAAAGCGGGGCGUCGACAUCCGCGCCAACAACCAGAAGCUUGCCGCGCAGAUCAAGUCGCCCGCUGCUGAUGGCCUGGCUAUUGUUGCUGGAGCCCAGACCAAGGAGAUUGGCCAGGUGCAGGGCUUGAAGGGAACGGGUGCGGAUGCGCCGGUCAUUGCUAUGUUGGUUCAGGAGGUUAUGGAUGGGACGAUGCAGAAUCAGAAGAACCUUGCUGCGGCUAAGGGACAGGUUUGUGCGAAGUAG